GCUGUGUUAAAACCUCAGCGAAUUGAUUCAACUGUGAUCGAAUUUCAGUAAUUUUUAAUGGUAGGAGAAGAAUAUUUGUUUACGAUGCCAAUGCUACCAACCGGGGGUGAAUAACAAUAACUCACACCUGCACUGGAAAUCAAGAGACUCUUCGAUAAGCACAAUCUUUGUUUACAAACAUUUCCCGUCCCUCGAAAGGAGUACUGUUCGACUGGUGGAAGUUACGAUCGCUCCUUACCUAAAUGAAUAUCCUCACUUUGGAUUAGUAAGUGAUCGUUCGGUGCCCGAAACGGUCGAACUGGUUACGUAAACGCAUAUCUUCGGCAUAAAAUUAGAAAGUUGCGCCAGUGAUCUCUAUUUUCUAUCAGAAAAAUCAACAUGGCGCUGAAAAUCAAGUGCAAGUACUAAUCGAAUUACGGGAACAAAGGUUAUCGUAGGAUGGAUUUAAAAAAGUGCGAGUGAUGUUAAAGGGCAAAUCUAGUGUAGUUUCAGUUAUCAAGCUCUAUACUUUCAGAAGAUAGCAUAGAGUGCCACGAACCGAUUGCCUGUUGUGAUGGCAGACAGCCAGGGACAAACAGUCGAAUAUCAAUGGGCCUACUCCAUCAUGGAUUCCAGCCGGGUGUCCACUUUCGUCAUUUCCAUGCUGCUGAUUGUUUAUGGCAGUUUUCGAAGCCUGAACAUGGAACAGGAGGCGCGGGAGAAAUCGCACGGGGCCACCAAUUGUUUACUCAACCCAUCUCAAACCGUUCAGCCUGAGAACAACGUCCAAACGUUGGACACCAUGCAUGCUCUAUGUUUACCACUUGGAGCGAGCAUCUCUUUGCUGGUCAUGUUUUUCUUCUUCGAUUCCAUGCAAAUGUUGUUUGCGAUUUGUACGGCAAUAAUUGCUACGGUUGCUUUGGCCUUCCUGCUUCUUCCAAUGUGCCAGUACAUAAUCAGACCAUGUUCGGAUGGAACGAAGAUAUCUUUCGGGAUAUGUGGCCGAUUCACUUCAGCCGAAUUACUCUCGUUUUCCCUAUCCGUCUUCAUCGUUUGCAUUUGGGUAUUAACAGGUCAUUGGCUAUUGAUGGACGCAAUGGGCAUGGGUCUAUGCGUUGCGUUCAUAGCGUUUGUCCGAUUGCCCAGUUUGAAAGUUUCCACCCUCCUGCUGACUGGCCUGUUAAUUUACGACGUGUUUUGGGUGUUUUUCUCCUCGUACAUAUUCAGUGCGAAUGUUAUGGUUAAGGUCGCCACAAGGCCAGCGGAAAAUCCAGUCGGUUUGGUGGCUCGGAAAUUGCACAUUGGGGGCGUUGCCAAAGAAGCGCCCAAAUUGAGCCUGCCUGGAAAGUUGGUGUUUCCCAGCAUACAUAACAGCGGACACUUUAGCAUGUUGGGUCUUGGCGAUAUUGUAAUGCCCGGUCUUCUGCUGUGCUUCGUACUACGCUAUGACGCUUACAAGAAAUCUCAGGGCUUGGCCGCGCCGGGCUCAAAACUCACUUACUUCCACUGUUCCCUGCUCGGCUACUUUCUGGGCCUUUUGACUGCAACAGUCAGUUCCGAAGUGUUUAAAGCGGCACAACCAGCGCUGCUUUAUCUGGUUCCAUUUACUCUCUUGCCUCUGUUAACGAUGGCUUACCUCAAAGGUGAUUUGAGGAGAAUGUGGUCUGAACCGUUUAAGUCUUUAAAUGUAACCAAACAUUUACAAGACGUGUGAUAUAAAUAAACUGAUGGUACAACCGUUACUACUUUAGGACGUAACUCAAUUACUUAAGAAGCAGCGCAAAAAAUCGGUGUGCUGAUUUGAGCGUUGGUCAUCAAUGCACCGAUUUUUGCGACAAUGAAUACCGAACAUGUUAUCAUCGAGUGGCUGAAUGAAAUGUUUUAAGUAAGACAUUGAAUAAUUUCCAAUAAUUUGAUGAUUGAACGUGUGCCGAUGGAGUUGCUCUCUUAACGUUUUUUAAUUUCGUUUUCCACUUGUGAAGUGUGCGAUCGUUAGGAACUGAACUGCAAAGUGCUUAGAAUGAUACAUCACGAUUUGGUUGAAAGGUUUUGUAGAAUGAUUCUAGAGGAUUUACUUUUAAACAGUACUCACUUUACAUCAGUCAAUAACUUAGUGAAAUAUUCCGUGUACAUAAGCCCAACUAGGUGAAAUUUACUGAUUAAGUUUAUUACGCUAUUCUAUAUGGAACACUGCUACAAAUACUUUAAAGAGCACAUUAUUUAUUUGAACUUUACAUGUGCAAAGACUGAAUUCACGAUGUAUCAACUUUCUUGCAUAUGCUAGAAGGAGACAGGCCACCAUUCGUUUUUGUACGUAGCUGGUUAAGGACGUGACCAUUUCAUCAAGCUAACUUGUAAUAUGUAGUUUUUUAUUUCCCGAAAAGUCUUCGAUGUUUAAUUUGUACGGGCCAUCCCUAUAUUUACAACAACAGGCAAGAAUUAGGAACCGAAAGCCCAUUACAUUAUGACUACUGCCUCUAGUUAAUGAUUAUUUUUUCUGUGAUAGAGAUAAGAAUGUCUUACUUCCACCCAUAGAGGAAUCUCUCUAUAAAACAAAUCUCACUCUAAUUGUGACAUUAACGACGCGUUUUUCCAUCCCUUGAUUUUCAAAUUACUGUUAAUCUGUUGAUAGUGUACAUAUUGAUCUAACGAAAUAUUAGCACAUAGUUUACAUUGAUGAUUCUCGAACAAAGGAUUGUCGAAAUAUCUUUUCGAAUGAUAACAUGAUGUUUUUUUCAAACGACAAAUACGUUUUUGUAUGUUUUUAUUUACUGAUUUUCGACGCAAAAAAUGCAUCAUUUUAAAUGGCGUUUUGUUAUAGAAUUAUAGUAUUAUUAGAAAUCUAUCAAAGCUA